AUGGGAGAACCCGACGAUCCUUCUUUAUCGCGCAGUGUCAAGUCAAAGGCAGCUGCCGCACUUGGACUGGGACGCAAGCCGGUCACCUCACAGCCCGUCCUCCCCACCGCUAACAGCCACACUUCCCCCACGCGUGCUGGCUCCAACACCAGCACUCUCAACAACGAGAAGCGCGAUGAGCACCACAACCAUGCCAUCGCCCAUGUCAAUACCCAGGGAGAUGGAGCUGCGUCUCCCGCCAUAGAGACCCCUAAGGCGCCGCUCUCCACCCGCAUGAAGAACGGCUCUCUUCGAUUCCUCUCCCACACCAAGAAUGCCUUGACACACAGCUGGAUCAACAUCCUGCUUGUCUUCGUGCCAAUCGGUAUCGCCGUUAAGGUAGUCGGUCUCAAGGCCGAGAUUGUCUUCUCCAUGAACGCUAUCGCCAUCAUUCCACUCGCUGGAUUGUUGGCGCACGCAACCGAAGUUGUCGCCGAGCGCGUUGGAGACACUCUGGGAGCUCUGCUCAACGUCUCCUUUGGAAAUGCAGUUGAGUUGAUUCUCUUCAUCAUUCUGCUUGCCUCCGACCAAAUCGAAGUCGUGCAAGCCUCGCUGCUGGGCUCCAUCCUCGCAAACUUGCUGCUCAUCCUGGGCAUGGCCUUCCUGCUGGGAGGUCUCAAGUACCAGGAGCAAGUUUACAACAGCACCGUCACCCAGAUGAGUGGUGUCAUGCUUGCUCUAGCUGUCAUGAGUCUGCUGCUGCCCACUGCAUUCCACGCCGCUUUCAGCGACAAUGCCAUUGCCGAUCAUGAGACUCUCUACGUCAGCCGUGGCACCAGUGUCAUCCUGCUGAUCGUCUACGGCCUGUACUUGCUCUUUCAACUCAAGAGUCAUCGAUACCUGUAUGCCAGUACUCCUCAGCACAUCAUUGACGAGGAGUCACAUCCUGGUGUUCUGGCUGGCGCUUUCGACUCGUCCAGCUCUUCGUCUUCCUCCAGCUCGAGCAGUGAUGACAGUGAUGGUUCUUCGCAUUCUUCUGGUACGCUGCAGCGCAAGGCCAAGCGUAUGGUGCGCAAGCUCCGUCGCAAGUCCAGCGCCAGCUCCAAGGAUGGGUUGUCUGCCCUGUCUGGUGUCGAGGGCGCCCGGACCGCUCGUAUUGAGAGGAAUGCUAGCGUUGGCAGCUCUGUUCCUCGCCAUUUCGACGACCCGAUCAUCAGUGGCGACGAAGCCGAUGAAGACAUCAACGCACCCCGUGUGCGUGACUUCGAGGUUGCCUCGCACGCAUCAGUCCCUCACACUAAGCGUGAGAAGCGCAAGCACAAGGACAGAAGCAAGAGCAAGAAGCACCACAAGCAUGGCGAGUUUGUUGAUGAGAAGGUGGCAGGGCCGGAGCCCAAGCCUAGGGUUGCUUUUGCAGAAGAGGUGCAACAAGGCGAAGCUGCGCCAGUGACCGGGCGUCGUGCUUAUCGACCUGGUCUGCCGUCGCUGCUUUCCAACAACGUUUUCUCAAAUCCACAAAACCUCGCCCCGGUUGGCGGGCCUGCCCCCAACAUCCGCAUGGCCGCUCCGAGACAGCAGACCCUUCGACGGUCUAGAUCUUUGCCAGAACGCAUAGACCGGACGCAAUUGCAUACCAGCACUAACAAUGGCAAAGCUCCCGCUCCUCUCCAGCAGGCAGCCAUCGUUCGUGACGACGAGGAUGACCAUGCCCUCGAUAUGUCGAUCAAGGCUGCUAUCUUUAUGUUGCUCAUCAGUACCGGCCUCGUCGCUGUCUGUGCGGACUUCAUGAGUGACGCUAUCGAGCCCAUGGUCGAGACCUCUAAUAUCAGCCAAGCCUUCAUCGGUCUUAUCAUUCUGCCCAUCGUCGGAAAUGCUGCUGAGCACGUUACAGCCGUGACCGUCGCCAUGAAGAACAAGGUCGACCUGGCUAUCGGUAUCGCUGUUGGCUCUUCCAUUCAGAUUGCCAUUUUCAUCACACCUGUUAUUGUCAUCUUAGGCUGGAUCAUGGGCAAAGAGAUGACACUUUACUUCAACAUCUUCGAGACUGUCGCGCUCUUCGUGACGGUCCUCGUGGUUAACUUCUUGGUGCUGGACGGCAGGAGCAACUACCUUGAGGGUAGUCUGCUCAUCGCUGCCUAUAUCAUCAUUGCUCUUUCGAGUUUCUUCUAUCCCGAUGGCUGCGAGGCAUCUGCAAUUGGUGGCAACGAGAAAGCAUGUGGAAACGCAGCGUCUCAUGCUGCGCAGAUGAUGGUCAAGCGUCUGGGUGGAUACUAG